AAACCAGAACGAAGGAUUCUAUAUUACUUACGGGUGGCAGUAUCUGCGCCUGCGUGAAUCCGAAAGCGGAAGAACUUAGCUUGCCAAACAUCGAAAGGAGUGUAUUAUGCAUCACAAUGCCUCUUCUACCGGCUAACGAGCCGCAGCUGAUUCGUUCAAGUCAAAAAGAUGAGUAUUACAUGAACACAUUGCGUAACAAUGCCAGCGAAGCUUUUCAGAUCCUUUCUGGUUCCAAGAAGUGGUUGGAGUGGAGAAAAGAAAUUGAGCUUCUUGCUGAUAUUGCAUAUUACUGUUUGACAACUUUUGCAGGUUAUCAAACACUUGGCGAGGAAUAUGUUAGCAUUGUACAGGUUGACUCAUCAGCAAGGAAAGUUCCAUCAACUCUAAGAAGAGGAUCUCUCAUUUUCUUUCAUACAUUUGUACCAUAUCUCCUGGACAAAAUAUUUCUUCACCUGGAACAUGAGCUUCAAACAGAGCACAACAGACCCCGGACUUUUCAGUCAAACACCCUAAGAAGAUUUCACCAGCUAUAUUUCUUCAGAGACUGGAUGCAAAAGAGCUUGAGCAAGUUUACAGAAGAGCAGAAAAAGUCGACUCUCCGCCUGGUGGUUUUCCUUAAGCAGGCAAUCACAUUUGUGCACAGGCUACAUGUGGCCAUCUUCUACCUAAAUGGGACUUUUUAUCACAUUGGGAAGAGGAUUACAGGUAUAAAGUAUGUUCGUAUUGCUGGAAUUUCUAGCACUGACCAGGCAGCACGGGCCAGCUACAGGCUUCUGGGAGUGGUGUCCGUUUUGCAACUUGCACUUACAGUUGCACUACAAAUAAACAACUUUCGUCAUCGGUGGAGGGCCCGGCAAGAGUGGAAACAGCAUCGGAACCUUACCUCUACUGGAGCAUCGUUUGUAGUUACUUCUGCCAGACGCAUUUCCCGAUGUAGUUUGUGCCUGGAGGAGCGUCGACAUGCCACCACCACUCCCUGUGGUCAUCUCUUCUGCUGGGAAUGUAUUACAGAAUGGUGCAACACCAAGGCGGAGUGCCCAUUGUGCAGAGAAAAGUUCCAGCCAAGUAGACUUGUGUACCUAAGAAACUACAGAUAACUGAAAAAAAUUAGCAGAUACUGAAUAACUUGAUUGUUUUUUUGAAAUUUGGGAAUUGAACUUAGAUUCUGUCAUUGUGCAAUCAUUAUAACAGGGUGUUAGGGUGGGUUGAUUGUAGUGGACAAAGGAUGAAAACAAAAAUGAGCAAGACAAAUGUUAUAUGACUUUGUAACAUAAUUCUCCAUAAUAAAUCUUGAAAAUCAUGGAAAGAAUACUAGGUUACAUACUUUAGCAUUUUUAAUGUUCAGCUAUGUGGUUAACCAUUCUAUUUCAAAUUUUUGAUCAUCUAUAAAACCUUACAUGUAUUUCUAUGAAAAAUACUAAACUAUUGCAGAUCAGAUCCCAUCUUUAGGUGUUCUUAGCAGGUGUAUAAAUUAAGAUUAAAAUAAAAACAUUGUUAAUUAAGCACAGUGAACUACAGCAACUGUGUAUCUUUAAAGAGGGCUUAUGCAUUGGGAAUAUUUAAGUGGUAUCCACUCUAAUGUCAUGAAUUUUCAGUUUUUCUGCAUACUAAAGUUUAACAUGGGAUUGUUUAGUGUCUAAUGUAUAAACACUGAAAGGCAUUGUUUUUGUAAAUUGACAUGCUUCACUGUACAGAGUUCUUUUUGCAGCUGAUUUAUUCACCUGCACAGCACCUGCUUGCUGUCAAAAUGUGGAAAGAACUGAAAAAUGUGUGCCAGUUGUUUUGUUAACCUCUGUCUCUAAGUUCUUACAAUUUGGCGGAGGUCAGUAAAUUUAUUCUGAAUCCUUGAUUCUUUUAGUUGAAAAAGCUGCAUUCACAGUGUUAAAUGCUACUUUUUGCUGGAUUGGGUUAGAACACAACCUGACGCCACUGUAGUCCUCUUGGACUGAACUUGAGGACCCAUGCACUGGAGCAUUAGGACAACUCACAGAAUCAGCAAGUGUCAUGAAGUGUACAUGUGUGACCUCGAGCAUUAGCAAUUUAAGUAAAAGUACUGCAUUGAACAUUUCUCCUUUUAAGAAUAAAAGUAAGUCAUUGUAAAAGAA